UGUAAGCAUCGUGUGGGACUAGCAUUAGACACUUUCCUGCUUGACAUCGUAAAUUUGUUCUCUGUUUUGUGCUUGAUAUGAUGUUGAUGACAUGAGUAUUGAGUAUUCAGUAUUGACCUGACGUUCACGUUUGACUUGUUUGAGCCAUUAGCAAUUUAGGUUAGAUUUGAAAAUGGCAACGAUAAAAACAUUUUUCAGCAAAAGUGGCUUAUUCAAACAAAGAAUAUGUGUGAUAAAAAGUUGCAUCCAACAAAAUGGCAUGUCGAGUUAUCCAAGUUUCUAUAUAAAUCCUAUUUACAAAAAAGAGGAACAAGAGCAAUUGAAGAAAGAAGGCGAACUGAGCAAACUGACUCACGUGCCCACCAGAGCAGCAUUAAAUGAUCAGACAUGUUCAUUUACACAAGAUCCAGAUCUUAAUUUAUUCACAAAUUACUGCAUGAGUGAUGGAAAGAAAGUACUUGCAAGAUCACAAGUGGAACAAACCUUGGAGAGUAUCAAGAGGUUACAACUCGAAAAAUAUCACAAGUGUAAAACAGAUGAAGAUAGGGCUAAAAUUGAACUGAACCCUAAAGUUGUAUUCCAUAAAGCUGUUGAAAAUUGUAAACCUAUUCUGCAACUAACUCCUAUCAAGAGAGGAGGAGUAAAGUACCAGGUACCAGUACCAAUUACAGCAAAACGGGCACAAUUUAUGUCUAUGAAAUGGUUGAUCAGUGCUGGAAAAGAGAAAGAAAAACCUGUUCGUUUUCAUCUGCAACUUGCCAGAGAAUUAAUAGAUGCAUCUAAUAACUCAGGAAGGGUUGUUAAGAAAAAGCAGGACUUACAUAAGCAAUGCGAGGCGAAUAGGGCUUAUGCACAUUAUAGAUGGAGUUAAACUUCUAUUUUUAUAUUACAGUUAUUUACAAAAUGUUUUAUCCUUCAAUAAAAUUGUUUAAAACACU